CCUCUAAUUGUAGUGGCUAUACGCGAGGGGAUAGUUCUAGAAGGUUCUCGUGUGGGGGCGAUCGAUGGGGUCUCCCGCCACCACCUCCGCCGCCGCCGGGAGGUCGCCGGAGAGGAUGGCGGCGGACUUCGUGAUGGGCGGCGCCGCCGCGGUGGUGGCGAAGAGUGCGGCGGCGCCGGUGGACCGGGUGAAGCUCCUGCUCCAGAACCAGGGGGAGAUGGUGAGGAGAGGGUACCUGAAGAGGCCGUACACGGGGAUCGGGAAUUGCUUCGCUAGGGUUGUGAGGGAGGAGGGUGUGGCCGCGCUGUGGAGAGGGAACCAGGCCAACGUCAUCAGAUACUUCCCUACGCAGGCAUUUAACUUUGCAUUUAAGGGCUACUUCAAGAGCUUCUUUGGUUGUUCAAAGGAGACAGACGGACGCCUGAAAUGGUUUGCAGGAAAUGUAGCUUCAGGUAGUGCUGCAGGAGCUACGACUUCGUUAUUGUUGUAUCAUCUAGAUUAUGCACGAACCCGCCUAGGCACUGAUACAAUUGAACGGCAUGGUAAUAACCAACGCCAGUUUCAAGGUCUAACCGAUGUGUACAGGAAAACCCUAGUGAGUGAUGGUGUUGCCGGAUUGUAUCGAGGUUUUGGAGUCUCGAUUGUGGGCAUUACUCUGUAUCGGGGCCUUUAUUUUGGUACCUAUGACACCAUGAAGCCUAUCAUUUUGGUUGGACCUUUGGAGUGUUAUAAAAGAAGAUUAGUUUGUGAAAACGAACUGGAAAGAUGCUGGAAGACUUUUGCAGUAUCCUCCAUCCGCAUCGUUGUAUUGAAGAUUGAGACUUUUUUGAGACGAUCUGAUUCUUCUCAGAUUGUUUUUCACUUGAUACUUGCAUUUUGCACAUUAAACAGAGUAAAUUUGAUAUUCGUUCCUUGUGAUUGAUCAUUCAUUUUAUUUGCUUAAUAUAAAUUAGUCUAAAAAUGUCUCUUUGUUAUCUAAUGAAUAUCUCUUAAUAUUCUUAUCUAGCAUGUAGCAUAUUUAAUUUUAAAAGAUUGAAAAAUCAUCUCGGUCUUAUGAUGGCAUGGUUUGUCAAAACAAUUAUGUUAAAUGCGUCUGAAAAGAAGCUAUGAUAUGGGGAUCUUUCUGAAGCUUUCGCCACCUAUGCUGAAAAAUUUAUUACGUUUACUUGUCGUUGUACUGGUGAAUUUCUUUAGCCUAUUAUCUUUUGUAUAUGCUGUUAUUGCAACUUGAGUAGUUGUAUGUAGGAAAAAUUUGUGUUAGUCUCCGAAGAUUUUACAAGCCAAUCUUUGUUUAUGAAUGCCUAUAUUUUACGGUCUCUUAAUGUUAGUGGUUUUGAUUGC